GAAAAUUCUAUACCAAGGUACAAACGCGUGCAUCUUAACUCGUCAAUAUGGCAAAAUUGUUCUUUUUUGCCAUUUUCUCAAUAGGUUACCUAAUAGCUCAAGCUGUAUGCGGAAGACUUGACACCCAAAGCAAUCAGCUUGAACUCUCCGAGAGCCCAAGUCUUACCGAUAGCCCAUUUCUGUCCUGCGAGCUGCUCAUAAAUAUUUCCGCAUGCAGUGCAACGUGCUCGUUGAUCGGAUCAGUUUAUGGCGAACCGGUUGCUUCAGGUAUCUGUAGUGAUUAUGGCGAAUGCAUGUGCAACCUUUUACCAAAAGCCUCUCUGGAAGACUACUGGAAUAAGAAAUUUGACAGCGACUCGAAAAACGUGCUUGGAGAAAUCCUUAAAGAUAGAGCGCUUCAUGAUAAAGUCCGAGCUGUACUGAAAAGACCAUUUCAAACAUAUCAAGAAACCGUAUCCGCUCUAAAACCGCUCUUGAACGAGAAACAGCUGAAAAAUCUUCACCCCAGGGACAAAGAAGCUCAGAAUAUAUUCGUCGCCGACGAUAAAUUUAAAGCUGUCGAAGACUACGUCGCCAAGAAUCUAACAUGGGAGAAAUCCGCAGAUGGUAAUGAUACUAAGAAAUACCUCAGCAAAGUGUUACAGAGCGCUGACGGUGCUUACUUCAAUCGUAUCUACCAAGAAGUAUGUCGCUCACAGAAUAACCUUUUGAUCGAAGCUCUCAAUGAGCGCAACAGAAACCGCAACAUCAACUCCAAUGCCUGUUCUGUUAAAGAAGAUGAAGGAAACGUGAUCCGCCUGAUAGAUGUAGCAGCUGUUAAUAAGUUGAUCAAACUAUCUCCUAGUAAACCAUCUAAUCAAAGUGAUUCAAACGAAGAUGAUGAACCAUCUAGUCAAAGUGAUUCAAACGCCAAUGAACCGAAGAAAUCAAAGAGCACUGCUCGAUCUUCGAAUGCCAGAGGCCCUUGGUGGAAGCUACGAGGAAUCAACAAAUCAGAAAUUGGAAAGCUCAAAGAAGGCAGUAAAAAUUGGGAAGCUAAAGGUUACUAUUAUGUUUCUUUGGAAAAGACUAGGUCAGGAUUAUCGCUGACGUGGCAUAAUGAAAAACAUAGAGUUAAUAUAGUAAUGAAUAACGCUUACCGUAAUGAAAUCACCCAAAAGUGGAAUUUCCCAGACGUCUUUGUUGAACUACAUAAGAAGUCGGAUGGAACAAGAACUCAGAAAUGGGUGUUCCAGAAUUCCACUUAUGAAGUUACCAUAAAUUCCAAAGGAAAAAUUCAACGCGGAGGAUGUGAAGGUAAAGAAAAGAAGGAUUUAAUUAAGAAGUAUAAACAAGGAAUUAAUUCUUGGUGCGCUGAAAAUGGUUAUAUUAUAGGCAAAGAUAAUUGUAUUAUUUAUUGAAUUGAAAAAAAGAAGUAACUAUAUAUUUAGAGUAAGAUGGUCUUCAUAGCACGACAUUUAUGGGAAAUAUAAAUUCCUUUUGACUAAUUGAGUUGUAUGUAUUUUAGCCUACGUUUGGUACCUAAUAAGGGUGGCAUCUUA